AGUCAACUACUACGGUGGUUGUUUACGCACUGAGCGCACAGCUACAUUUUUCGUGCAGGGAGGCGUAGCAGCUCUACUAGUCGGAACUAGCCCGCUGGAUAAACAGAGAAAGCUGGCCGCCUGCUAGCAGGAGAGCUUGAAGAAAUCUGCCAGUGAAAAGAAGCGUAGAAAGACGGGACUGAAGCACCGCCACGGAUUUUUUGUGGGAUAAACGUACCGGGCUCGCUGCUAAAACGAUGCCUCACACGAGACGAUACUCGUCCUCGGACAGAGACAGUCGGAGCAGCUACCAAGACCGUUACCGGGACCGGGACAGAGGACGCAGACAACGGCACCGGAGAUCACCUUCCUUCUCUUCUAGCAGCGACAGAGAAAGAGACAGAGACAGAAGAGGACGGGGACACAGGCAGGAGGGAAGCUAUGCACGCACAAGGAGUCGUAGCUAUGACAAUCGCUCGGCGGAGCGUCGGCCGUUCGACCGAAGAUACUGCGAGGGAUACAGACGCCUGGAUCAAAGCAGAGAACGAGACCGCGACAGGGACAGGGAGCCACAUGGAGCAGCUGAUAGUUACUAUCCACGCGACUUCUCUCCAAGCAUGUACGACUACCGACGUGGCCGUGAGAGGGAACGUGAACGGGACGAGUCGUAUCGGCGGAAAGGCAGCAGGCGUAAGCACAAACGAAGGCGGCGUAGAACCAGGUCCUAUAGCCCAUCUUCCUCGCGGAGCGACAGCCGGACGCGGGCACUGAGUGUGAGGGACGACGAGGAAGGGCACCUGAUCUGUCGGAGUGGGGACGUCCUGCAAGAGAGAUAUGAGAUUGUCAGCACCUUGGGGGAGGGCACCUUCGGGAGGGUGAUGCAGUGCAUUGACCAUCGCAGAGGAGGGGCCCAUGUUGCUCUGAAAAUUAUUAAGAAUGUUGAAAAGUACAAGGAGGCGGCUCGUUUGGAGAUCAACGUACUGGAGAGAAUCAACGAGAAGGAUCCUGAAAACAAAUACCUUUGUGUUCAGAUGUAUGACUGGUUUGACUACCAUGGCCAUAUGUGCAUCUCCUUUGAGCUGCUAGCUCUCAGUACCUUUGACUUCCUAAAGGAGAACAACUAUCUACCCUACUCAAUCAGCCAGGUCAGACACAUGGCCUACCAGAUCUGCCUCGCCGUCAAGUUCCUCCAUGACAAUAAGUUGACACACACAGACCUGAAGCCUGAGAACAUCCUGUUUGUCAACUCAGACUUCACAAUGACCUACAAUGUAGAAAAGAAGAGGGAUGAGCGGACUGUUAAGAGCACGGCGGUGCGGGUGGUGGACUUUGGCAGUGCCACUUUUGACCACGAGCACCACAGCACCAUUGUGUCAACGCGGCAUUACCGAGCCCCCGAGGUCAUACUGGAGCUGGGAUGGAGCCAGCCUUGUGAUGUGUGGAGCAUUGGCUGCAUCCUGUUUGAGUACUACCUGGGCUUUACCUUGUUUCAGACUCAUGACAAUAGGGAGCAUUUGGCCAUGAUGGAGAGAAUCUUAGGACCAGUCCCUUCCAGGAUGAUUCGCAAGACACGGAAGCAGAAGUACUUCUACCGUGGCCGUCUAGACUGGGACGAGAGCUCCUCAGCCGGGAAAUACGUCAGGGAGAACUGCAAACCCUUGCGGCGGUACUUGCUGUCUGAAGCAGAGGAGCACCACCAGUUGUUCGACCUGAUAGAAAGCAUGCUGGAGUAUGAGCCCUCCAAGAGGCUGGCUCUGGCCGACUCUCUCAAACAUCCCUUCUUUGAAAGCGGAGGGAUGGGUGAUGCAGCAACCAGCAAGAGUUGGGAGGGUAACCGGGAUAUCAGCCGGUGACCCAUGAACCCCCAAAGACUCUGAGCGACAGAGGAGAUCUUUUCUUUUUUUUUUUUUGUUUGUUUGUUUGUUUUUCCCUAAUGUGGAGCUGAGCGAUGCAGUGAUCAGAUGCAGUUAUCGUCGAGCUGUUGAAUUGAUAGGGGCUUCUGAUGUUUUCUGUCAUUCAUCAUUUAAGCAUGGACAUCUUAACUUGUUGCUCCCUUCUCCCUGCUCCUCUGAUCCACCUCUGCGGCCAUGAGAGACUUAGCAGCAGAGGGACCAAAAGAAACCACGAGAGACUCGAAGAGAGCCAAAAUGAAUCUUUCCCGUCUUUUCUAGCUCUCUCAGCCUCAACAGAAGACAAAUGUCCAAGGGAAGAUUGAUUUUACCCAAACUGUAGCCCUCUAUGCAGCUGCGGUCUUCCUUUUUUGAAUUCCUCCAUCUUUCCCCCCUUUUCCCUCUUUCCGUCCUUUCUCCCACUCUUUACAUCAGCAUGUUAAGAAAAUAACUGACCUUUUUAAGGAAAUGAGCACUACUGUAGUCAGUCAUAAAAAAACUCAGUUUUGGGGAAAACGUCUUCCGAUUCUGUAGUUUGAGGAGAGAUCAAAAAAGAGAUGGAGCUGUAUACGCAAUACAGAUAUUAUGUUACGCUAAUCAUCAAAUCAUUACAAUUUAUAAAUAGUUAACUUGAUUGUGCAGGGCACUUCACCAAAAUUUGGUAGCGUGUUGAAGGAGAGCAAACAAAUUACAAGAGUUAAAUUCUUAAGUGACUGUUUCUAAAAAAAAAAAAAAGAAAAACAAAUAAGAAAAAAACAACAACUUUGAGAAUGUCUCCAGCAAUGCCAGGUGUCUCAAUUUUUUCACAUUCUGUUACGUGAUGUGCACUUCCAUUGCAAAUAAUUGUUGAUACACGUUCCAUUUCUUUUUUGUAUAAAACGAGCAUCCCUUAUAAGACGAUUCUUCUUGCCCUUAACUCUCCAUCCAUUCGGCCUGUUAUAUUAGCCAAUGAGAUGAUAAUGGUGAUGGACACUCCACACAUAUAGGCCUCUAUUAGCCUGUCUUAUUGAUAGAUAUAUGUUUCUGUUACGUUAUGCAAUGCUUUUUUUGGUGUGUGAGUGUGUGUGCGUGUGUGCGUGCGUGUGUGUGUGUGUGUGUGUGUAUUGGUGGGGGUGGUGCGGGUAACUUCCACAUUAAUGUAUUGCUCAGUGAUUUCUUCCUCAUUUUUAGUCAUGGAAACAUUCUCGCAUACUUCCAAACAAACAUACCACAUGAACUGCCUUUUUCCAUGUGCGACAUGGUCAGACCUGCAGUCUCUCCACUGGGAUAAAGCACACAGCUCUUGCCGGUCACCAGUGAAACACACACAACUCCUGUUUAUAUUUAUUUUAAGUUACAGCAGGUCAUAGCCCCCCACACUCACCACCUGUACCUGACUUGUUUUUGUAUAAAAUUAAAGCGUAUAAAACUGUAUAUAUGUAUGAUUGUGUAGAAUUAAAGUUAAGUCCUCCUUGCCAAAGGUU